GACGAGACCACAGGUAGUGAUGGUAGCUCUUCUCACCUGAGCGUUAGCCGUAGGGCUACCGAGUCGUGGGUACAAAUGUUCUCACUGUGUCCAGGUGGCUAUCUAUAAUGGACGUACAUAGGUGACCCCCGCAGUCGAGGGUUGCUUCAUAUGCUCUUUGAUUCAGAUGAGUGCCAGUAAGAAGAACGAUGUUUGCAGCGUGUACACAGUUUCCUAUUACAAGGUGGUACACGGAUGAAUACUGAAGUCGUUUACAACAACGUUGUUUGGCGUAAAGGUCGCACGCCACACUCAAGUGGUCAUCGCCUCAACUGUUACUGUUGUAUCCAUGAUGUCUGGACAAUGGUCAGUUUGAGUACAUGCGGUGUGUUUUGGCUCACGGUGGAAUUAAUUUGGAGUAUAUGACUUUGGGAUUUACUUAAAUUUGGAAUGAUGCCUCAAAUGCAUGAUACAACAUGGAGGAAACAGUUUCAAGCACAAAAUUCCCUAAUGGGUCUGAGUAUUGCGUUACACUAAUGGAUUGGAUCAUUUGACUCACCUAAUGUGAUCAACAGGGCAUCCGGAUAUGUCAAUCAUGUGGCAGAACAUUAACAUAUACAUAUGUUCAUUUCACCAUGAAUAAGAAGAUAUCAUUUCAAAGGAAAUACGUGAAAAUUUUGUGUUUGGAGGCUGUUGUUGUUUUGUGAUUCCCGAUUUCGAUGCAACUGGCGUCAUUUGAACCCCCGGGAACAAAAGAAACAUGGUUUUAUCAAAGAUUAUUACCCACCAUAACGCUAGCUGAUGAACCAGCUGGUCAUUCAGGGAAUUCCUCAACAUGACGAAUGGCGACGUCUCUGACAACAGCAAGGUCUCUGACAUAGUCAUCGAUGUUCCGGUGAAGGUCAUGCACAUAAUGAACGCCCGCGUGGGGCCCCUUAAAGACCCGGAAGUGAUGCAAAACGAUCCUACUGGCCGGUUAUUCACCCACUUCCGGAACAACAUGGACGAGAAGCUAUAUCGUAUUUACUAUAAACGGCAGAAACUGGAUCUGAUCGAUUCGUUUGUGUUUUUUUCAUCUAUCUUCGACGUUUAUGUGCUCGUCAUGGCCACUCUGAAAUAUUCGGAAAACGAAAUUACCAAAAUAGCUAUAGUUGCAUUGCUUUUAUUUGUGAAUAUAAUCAUUUUUGUUCUGUGCCACAUCCAGAGGAUAUCGGUGGCAGUGCGAUCUAAUGUGGCGUAUGUGAUCUGGAUGUUAUUAAUCAUUCAAAUAUUUUUCGACUUGUCUUGGAAUUCAAACUCAGGUUUACCCAGCGAGGGAGUCACGUGGAUUGUGGUGCUCGUGUACUUGACCUAUGUAAUGCUUCCGGUUACGCUUGCGCUGUGUAUUUUGCUCGCAUGUUUGUUCAGUGUAGGUCACGUGUGUGCUGUUAGUAUCAUCUGGACCCAGAACACGAACAAUGUCACUCUUCUAGGAAAUCAGGUAGGAGCCAACAUCCUGCUUGUGACCUGUUCUCACGCGCUCGGUAUCAUGUCGUACGUCUUCUUGGACAAACAACAGAGAAGGUCAUUCGUCGAGACCAAGUCUUCACUGAGUGUCAAGGUCACCAUCGAGAAGGAAUCAAAACAACAGGAACGUCUUUUACUGUCUGUUCUACCAAAGCACGUUGCUGGCGAGAUGUUGCGAGACUGGGGCGAGGGUGCGGACGGUCAGUUCCGAAAAAUAUUUUUGACCAGAUAUGAAAAUGUGAGCAUCCUCUUUGCCGACAUCGUGGGUUUCACCGCCAUCUCUUCAUCAUGCACUGCUGCAGAGCUCGUCAAGACACUAAACGAGUUAUUCGCUAAUUUCGACAAGCUCGCAAAUAAGUUCCACCAGCAUCGGAUAAAGAUUCUGGGGGACUGUUACUACUGUGUGUGCGGCGCCCCCGACCCUCGACCCGACCACGCCGUCCUCUGCGUACACAUGGGCCUGAACGUCGUCGACGCUAUAACAUACGUGCGAGAAAAGACAAAGAGGGACGUUAACAUGCGCGUAGGAAUACACACCGGAGCAGUGUUAGGAGGCGUACUGGGGCAGAAACAAUGGCAGUAUGACGUGUUGGGAAAGGAAGUGAUUCUAGCUAACAAGAUGGAGAGCGGCGGAGUCCCAGGGCGGGUGCACAUUUCGGAGACCACCAAGUCCUUCCUCCAUGACGAGUUUGAACUAGAACGGGGUAACGGAGACCAGCGAGAAGACUACAUCCGUCUACUGGGUCUCAAGACCUACCUGAUCAAGUCAGUCCUCAAACCGCUGCAACCUGAACAAGUUAACGGUACGUCCGAACAAGUAAACGGUACGUCCGAACAAGUUAACGGCACGUCCGAACAAGUUAACGGUGCGUCCGAACACGUUAGCGGCACGUCCUUUAAGAACGACAAACACGUCACCGCCAAGAAGAAUGGCUUCUCCAAGACAGGGUCUCCAGGAAACAAUCCGUCACUGGAACAAGAGGACGGCAUUCUCAUGAACACAUAUGAGACAUCAGGUCAGCGGGAAGACGGGGAUUUCGGGGGUGAUGGUGGAAAGCUAGAACAGCGACUUCAAGAGGCACUUCUGGAAAGAGACAAUGAGCGGGGUGUUUCCAAGCAACUGCAUCAUCUGAGCAUGCGUUUUGCAGACCGGAAGCUGGAGUCGCGUUAUCAAGGCAGACGAGAACAGUUCAGCGACAUGGCGUCAUUGGGGUUGUGUUUGGUCGCAUUGUUCACGUUUCUGGCCCGACUUUGUGUUCUGCCUGUCACAUUCCAUGCCCUCUACUCAUUCAUCAUCGGGAUGCUGAUACUGGUUGCUAUGACAACUUUUACGAUGGCUGUCAACCACAAUGCUGUAAGUAAAGAACAUAAUAUCUAUAUAAUUCAUGCCCCAGCUGUUUACUGCGCCUCUCAGAAAGAGUGGGAAAAAUAUCGUCCCCGGAUCCUUUGGACUGGGUUCUUGGUCUUGGUACUCACCGCCACUGAUGUUGUGGACAUGUUUGGGUGCGCCAUUACCAACCACGCCAACACCACUAGCAGCAAGUGGAUGUUACCAUCCGAUCCCACGUGCAAAUACCCGCCUUAUUUCAUUCAUACCGGAAGUCUCGUUCUCAUGGGGAUUGCAAGUCUCGUCCAGAUUGGACAGUUUGUGAAACUGGUGUUAGUGGUUUCCAUAACAACCCUGUACUGUGUAUUAGACAUCGUGGUAAUGCCGCAGUUGUUUGACAGUUACGACAUCACCGUCUACAGCCAGUAUGAAAGGGAUAGUGUGAUUCUGCCUUCGAAGUACCGAUUGACAGCAGCGCUUAUAGCCGUUGCUGUUGCUGUAAUCUUUUUCGGCAGGCGGACGGACUCAACCUCUCGGAGCCUGUUCCUUUUGGCGGAGAGAGCCGACAAGCAGAAGGAACAAGUGACCUUGCUCAGGAUGAAAAACGAGGCUCUCGUCUACAAUCUACUUCCGGGUCACGUGGCAAAGGACUUCUUAGGCUCACAGAAGAAAGAUGACGAAUUGUACAGCAACGCCUACGAUGAGGUCGGGGUGAUAUUCGCGGCCUGCCCCAACUUUCACAACUUCUACAACGAAAGCGCCGUCAACAACAAUGGUCUGGAAUGUUUCCGGUUCCUCAACGAAAUCAUCUCCGACUACGACGAGCUGCUGGAACAAGAUCGUUUCUCCUCCAUUUGUAAGAUCAAGACUGUCGGUCCUACGUACAUGGCGGCUAGCGGAAUGACCGGAACUGUGCACGUUACCAAGUGCUCCAGUUUGCGCGAGCGAUGGAAGCACCUUGACGACCUCGUCCAAUUCGCUUUCGCUAUGAAGGAGACUCUGCGCAAAAUAAACGAGCAGUCCUUCAACAACUUCAUUCUGAGAAUAGGAAUCAACCACGGCCCCGUUAUAGCGGGGGUGAUUGGCGCCCGGAAGCCACAUUACGACAUUUGGGGAAACACCGUUAAUGUAUCCAGCCGAAUGGAGUCGACAGGGCAUGCUGGGAAGAUCCAGGUGGUAGAGGAAACGAUGGCCAUCUUGAAGGAGUUCGGCUACAUGUUCCAGAAACGAGGCCUUAUCAAGGUCAAGGGCAAGGGCGAACUCAUGACCUACUUUGUUGAGAACCGAACGGAAGAUGACAUCGUGAUGUUAAAUGGACUGCCAUGUUAGGUCCUGUGGGAGUGGUUUCCAGACAAAACGGUGUAUAAGCAGGACUACAUGUCUUUAUACAAGCCGUAUGUUCUUGAGGAUCAGAAACGAUAUGAAACAUUGGAAGUGUUAUUUGUGAUGAUAAAACUUGGAAUGUAAUAUAAAGUGUGAGGUAAAAAUGAAUCUACCACCUGUUCGAACAUUUCCAGAUAUGACCAUGAGUCAAGGAAUCUGAUUGGAUGUGACGUGGUGUGCAUAUUAUGCAUACUUAAUUAACUUAAGUGAGUUCCGUGCCUUUCAACAUUGACAAUCACAAAGACAAGCUCUAUUCUAUGUAGUAGUUCUACGUGUAGAAGUGCAGGAGGUAGAGGAUAUCCUCAAAACUCACAGUCCAGUGACUGACUCGCAGAGAGCCUAACAAGUCUUUCAACAAUAACGAACGUAGCAAGGCCGCCAUUAUUCACACAUCAAGACAUGGAUAAACAGACCCCGGGUACAGGGUCUCUUACUCACACAUCAAGACAUAGAUAAACAGACCCCGGGUACAGGGUCUCUUACUCACACAUCAAGACAUGGAUAAACAGACCCCGGGUAUAGGGUCUCCUACUCACACAUCAAGACAUUGAUAAACAGACCCCGGGUAUAGGGUCUCCCUUUCUUACACAUCAAGACAUUGAUAAACAGACCCCGGGUAUAGGGUCUCUUUUACAUCAAGACAUGGAUAAACAGACCCCGGG